UAAAUAUACAAUUAUUCGCUUACUUCUGCAAGUGAAUUGAAUCGUGUACUACUAUGUAGUAGUUUGCAUGUGUGAUUGUGUAGGAAUCAUGUACCGUUGGAGUGGAGAGAAGGAAACUGUAACCUGUGACUGACAACGUUUUUUGCUUCUGCCCACUUUUUGUUACUGAAAGUUCAGUUCAUCUUUGCUUUGUUGUACAAGUUCAAGGUAAAAAUGCGGCAAGCGAUGAUAAACUGUAAUCAAGUGCAGACUGAGGUCAUAACUGAAGGCCGUUGGAUAGAAGAGGAUCCACAACCUCAUUCUAGCAAGCAUAUUGUGCUUGUCAUUCCCGGAAAUCCGGGUGUACCGUUAUUCUAUGAGCGCUUUGUCAAAACGCUCAAGACAAGGUUAACCCUGGACACACCUGUGUGGGUAAUUGGACAUGCUGGACAUGUUCAACCACCAGAGAAUUUGGAUAUCGCUAUGCCUAGUAACAAGAAGUGGGCAGAGUGUUAUGGUCUGUCGGCACAACUUCAACACAAGGUAGAAUUCAUAAAAAAGUACAUACCAGAAGAUGCACAGUUACAUCUUAUCGGACAUUCCAUAGGCGCCUGGUUUGUACUCAAUUUGUUAAAGAAUAAUGACAUUAACAAAAGGAUAAAAAGGUGUUAUUUAUUAUUUCCUACAAUAGAAUAUAUGGCAGAGACUCGCAAUGGAAUCUUUUUCUGUACUAUUCUAUCACGAAUUGCAUCACUGCUGGUCUUCUUAUCUUGGAUUUUCACAGCAAUAUUUCCAUUGUUUGUACAAACUUUAAGUAUACGCAUUUUUGGUAUGUUUUGGGGUAUUCCAGCCAGAUCUGUAACGGCAGUUCUGCAAAUGCUAAAUCCAAAGGUUUUAGAAAGAAUUUUUAAUCUUGGCAAAGAAGAGAUGAAAUAUGUUAGAGAAGCCGAUCAUGAGACUAUAUCAAAAUAUGCUGACAAAUUAUGGUUGUAUUAUGGCACUAACGAUAAUUGGGCUCCCAAGAAAUAUUACAGAAAUAUAAUAUCCAAGCAUUCCAAUCUGAAUGCUCAUUUAUGUCAGCGUGGUUUUCAACACGCCUUUGUAUUGAGAGAUGAUGAUGUUGAAAUAGGGCACAUUGUUGGAGAUCUCAUCAAUGAAGAUUCCAAAUAAAUAAUAAUAAUAAUGUUACACAUCUUAGGUAAAAUAAUACGUUCGGGGAUAUAUUUGUAUACUUAUAUUUAUAUAAUUUUAUAAUACUUUAUUGUUCUUAUACUUUGUUUUAUAUGAGUUUUGUUCUUAUAUAUAUAUAAUUGUUACGGAGACACAGAAUCAUAAAUAAUAUUCUCUAAUUUGUGUAAAAUGGCAAAGGGACAUAUUUAUACUUGGUUAAUUUGGUGUUGUGAUGAACUACUACUAGACCAUAAAUAUCUGAUCGUCAAUAUUUUAUGUUUAUAUGUUAUAUGUUAGGUUUGGUGCACAUAUUAUGUUAUAUGUUAUACACAUAGAAAGUACAUUUCUAGUAAAACGAUGUUGACGCAACGUUA